AUGAAAGUUACGUCGAUUGCCGCCCUGCUGGGCCUCGCGGUCUUCUCGACAGCUACCAAAGUCCUCCCGCGAAACUUCGACGCCAACGAUUACUAUGUCCUCCAUCUCGACUCGCAGUCGUCGCCUGACGAGGUUGCCCGAAGCCUGGGCCUGUCUCAUGAAGGUCCCUUGGGCGAACUGAAGGACCAUCAUAUAUUUGCGGCCAGGAGGACAGAAGGUGAUAUUGUCAAGAGAGAGUUGACCGAGAGAAGACGGCGGAAGAGGGAUUUAAACGACCGACAUGUGCUGGACGGCGUCAUGUUUUCCCAGAAGCAACAACUCCGCAAGCCGUGGGAGAAGAGGGUCCCGCCUGCUGCUCCCGCUGGUCCAAUUAACUUGGCCUCUCGGCAAGCAGAGGUUCCUGUUGAGUCGGCUGUCAAGAAGCAAGAACAAGUUGCUCAAACCUUGGGCAUUCGCGAUCCCAUCUUCAACGCUCAGUGGCAUCUCUUUAAUCCAGUGCAGGUUGGCCACGACGUCAACGUGACCGAUGUGUGGCUGCAGGGUAUCACGGGCAAGAAUGCGACAGUCGCUAUCGUCGACGACGGGCUGGAUAUGUACAGCAAUGAUCUGAAGGCAAACUACUAUGCGGAAGGGUCGUAUGACUUCAACGACAAGACGAACGAGCCUAGACCACGGCUAUCGGACGACCGCCACGGCACUCGGUGCGCCGGCGAGGUGUCCGCCGUCAAAAACGACGUCUGCGGUGUUGGUGUUGCCUAUGACUCAAAGAUCGCCGGUCUGCGAAUCCUUUCUAAGCUGAUCUCGGACGCCGACGAAGCCGUUGCGAUGAACUACGAUUUCGAACAUAACCAGAUCUACUCAUGCUCCUGGGGACCGCCGGAUGAUGGCAAAAGCAUGGACGCCCCUGGCAUCCUCAUCCGGCGUGCCAUGCUGAACGCCGUGCAGAACGGGCGUGGUGGUCUCGGGUCCAUCUAUGUGUUUGCCAGCGGUAACGGGGCCGGUAACGACGAUAACUGCAACUUCGACGGAUACACAAACAGUAUCUACAGUAUCACCGUUGGCGCAAUAGACCGGAAAGGGGCUCACCCGUGGUAUUCUGAGAAGUGCUCUGCGGGUCUGGUUGUGACCUACUCCAGCGGCGGCGGAGACGCAAUCCACACCACUGAUGUUGGUGAAAACGCUUGCUACGACGGCCAUGGCGGCACCUCUGCUGCCGCUCCUCUUGCUGCUGGCAUCUUUGCGCUCGUCCUCCAGGUCCGCCCGGAUCUGACGUGGAGGGAUCUGCAAUAUCUUGCUAUGGGCACCGCCGUUCCGGUCAACCUCGACACGGGCGAAUGGCAGGACACGACGAGCGGCAAGAAGUUUAGCCACACCUUUGGUUAUGGCAAGAUUGACUCGUACGGUAUUGUCGAGGCUGCCAAGACGUGGAAGAAUGUCAAGCCACAGGCCUGGUUUUUCUCUCCUUGGGUCCAUGUCAAUAAGACCAUUCCCCAGGGAGAGAAAGGCCUGGCAGUUAGCUUCGAUGUCAACCCGGAUAUGCUCCGUGAGGCUAACCUGGAGCGCGUCGAGCAUAUCACCGUCACUAUGAACGUCGAUCAUACCCGCAGAGGCGACAUCAGUGUCGAUCUGGUCAGCCCCGACAAUGUCGUCAGUCAUCUCUCUGUUCCGCGCCGGCUUGAUGACACCAAGCAAGGAUACGUCGACUGGACGUUCAUGAGUGUCGUUCACUGGGGCGAAUCUGGGCUCGGGACGUGGACUGUCAUUGUGAAGGAUACCAUUGUCAAUGAACACGAGGGCACCUUCGUCGAUUGGCAUCUCAAACUCUGGGGCGAGAGUAUCGAUGCCUCGAAGGCGAAGAAUCUACCAAUGCCUACUGAAGAAGACGAUGACGACCACGACGCUGUGGCGACCACCACCCUUCCCGCCUCAACCACCACACUUCCGCCUGUCGCGACGGCCACUCAAUCCAAGCCCCUUACUGCAACUUCCGGCCAACCAGACCGACCAGUCAACACCAAGCCGACCGCCACUCCUUCCCCGUCGAGCGAGGCCGCAGAAAGCCAAACCAGCAGCAGCACCUGGCUGCCUUCCUUCCUGCCCACUUUCGGUGUCUCCGCGAGCACGCAAGCCUGGAUCUACGGGUCCAUGGUCCUGAUCGUCGUCUUCUGCUGCGCGCUCGGCGUCUACUUCUGGAUGGCGCGCCGCAAGCGCCUCAGGAACGGCACGCGCGACGACUACGAGUUCGAGCUCCUCGACGAGGAGGAGGCCGAGGGCCUCAACGGCGGCGGGGAGAAGCGCGGCGGCGUCUCGGGCGGGAAGAAGGGCAAAGGUCGGAAGACGAGGGGCGGCGAGCUGUACGACGCCUUCGCCGGCGGGAGCGAGGACGAGGACGACCUCGACGCCGAGGAGUACCGCGACCGCUCCGACGAUGGCGCCCAGCAGCAGAUGAGCGAGAAGCGCGGGCUUCGGGGUGAUCGUGGUAGCCACGAGGAGGACGAGGAAGAGCAGCAUCACGUUAUUGGUGAUGAUGAUGACGACGACGACGACGACGACGACGACGACGACGACGAUGACGACGAGGAAAGGCGACGGGAGGAGGGUGGAGAUGACAGGAGGCCGUUGAGGAGUGGUGGCAGCAGGUAG